AUGGACAUCGCCACCGACCUUUGCGACAUCCUAGAUUGCCCGCCCACAGAAGCCUCUUAUACUGCCCUAAAGGAGGCCCUCAUUUCCCGCAUUUCCCUCUCAACGCAAAAACGUCUCCAGCGUUUAAUUUCUGAGGAGGACCUCGGUGACAGGAAGCCUACGCAGCUUCUUAGGCGUUUGCAGCAGUUGGCAGACGGACAAAAGCUGGAUUCCACCAUGUUCAAGCAACUUUUACUCCAACGGUUGCCUCCUUCUGUGCAAGCCAUCCUUGCGCCUAACAUUCCUUCGUCGACUGUUCAGAUGCUCGCGGAGACUGCUGACCGUAUACUCGAGUACAACCAGCCUCCUGUUACGGUUAACGUCGCCAGUCGAAGCACAACUGCCCCCACAAUCGAGGAUGUCGUCAAACGCCUGGAUGCCCUCACUCUCGAAGUUUCCCAGCUCCGGGCCACUCGCGUUUAUAACCCUCGUAGUCCUGCAAUUUCUCGCCGCCCGAGAUCUCCCACUCCAAACAAACCUACAGUUGAUGGUUUCUGUUGGUAUCAUCACAAUUAUGGUUCUAACGCCCAUCGCUGCCACUCUCCGUGCAAAUAUAAAACACCCGCGUCGGAAAACUCCCCUGCCGACCAGUAA